AUGACAACUGCUUUUCGUAUACUCGCAUAUGGUUAUGCAGUCGAUCACUAUGAUGAGUAUAUUAAAAUCGGCAAGAGCACUACCAUUAAAUGCUUGAAGGCAUUUUGUAAUGCUAUUGUUGCUGUGUAUGCAGAGGAGUAUAUGCGUCCACCCAACGAAGCUGACAUAGCACGGCUGCUUGAAGAAGGGGAGCAGAGAGGUUUUCCAGGUAUGCUUGGUUCUAUCGACUGUAUGCACUGGAAGUGGAAGAAUUGCCGAGUGGAGUGGCAAGGCACACAUAGGGGAUUAUCUGGUAAGAAUACUCUCAUAUUGGAAGCAGUUGCCUCACAAGAUUUGUGGAUCUGGCAUGCAUUCUUCAGAAUGCUGGGUUUACACAAUGAUAUAAAUGUGUUGGAUCAUUCCUCGGUAUUUAACGGCAUCAUCAAUGGCCAAUUACCUCCGGUUAAUUAUGUAGUGAAUGAGCAUCACUAUAGAAUAGGGUAUUACCUGUCUGAUGGUAUAUACCCUAAGUGGGCAACUUUGAUGCAGACCAUCCCGCACCCAACCACUACAAAAGAAAAAUUAUUUGCUCAGCGACAAGAGGCAGCAAGAAAAGAUGUGGGAUGGGCUUUUGGGGUAUUGCAGAUCAAAUGGACUCCGCCACCGGAGAAUGCAAUCCCGAUUCCCACUUUAAGUCGAUGCCCAUCAGUUUUAGCGGCACACAUAUCCUCUCGCCAACUUCAGAUUCGCAACAGAGAGACAAAUACGCGGUUAAGGAAUGAUUUGGUGGAAAAUUUGUGGAACCGCUAUGCUGAUGAAGAUGUUUAA